AUGAUGAUGAACUCCACUCAGGUUUCAUAUUUCACACUCACUGCUUACUUUGACUCUGGACUUUUAACAUAUCUGUAUUUCCUCAUCAUAUUAUCUUUAUACAUGUUAAUUAUUUGUUCCAAUGUGUUUCUCAUUGUGGUUAUCUGUAUAAACAGAAGCUUACAUGAACCUAUGUACCUUUUCCUGUGCAGCCUGUUUGUAAAUGAACUGUAUGGUAGUACAGGGUUGUUUCCAUUCCUUCUGCUUCAGAUCCUCUCUGACAUUCACACUGUUUCUAAAGCUUUUUGCUUCCUGCAGAUCUUCUGUUUAUACUCUUAUGGAGGUGUAGAGUUUCUGACCUUAGCCAUCAUGUCCUAUGACAGAUAUCUUGCUAUCUGUCAUCCUCUGCAGUAUAACACAUGUAUGACUCCUAAUAAGAUAGCUAAGCUGACUGCUCUGAUCUGGAUCUAUCCUCUGUUCAUCAACGCUGUGAUCGUAGCCGGUCUGACGGCUCCGCUGCAGCUCUGUGGAAACGUCAUCAACAAAGUUUACUGUGAUAAUUAUUACGUGGUCAAACUGGCGUGCUCUGACAUCACAGUCAACAACAUCUUCGGCCUUAGUCACAUGUUCACUGUCAUCUUUGGUCUGAUCCUGGUCAUAAUUUACACGUACAUCAGGAUCCUCAGAGUGUGUUUCUCUGGCUGUCAGCAGACGAGGCGUAAAGCGGUGAGCACGUGCACGCCUCACCUCGCCUCGCUGCUCAACUUCUCAUGUGGAGCUUUCUUUGAGAUAUUACAGAGCAGGUUUAAUUUGAAAAGACUCCCCAAUCUGCUGCGCAUCAUUUUGUCAUUAUACUGGCUCACGUUUCAGCCUCUCAUUAACCCUUUACUGUACGGACUGAAAAUGUCUAAAAUACGGAUUCUAUCAAAAAACCUGUUGCUAGGAAACAAACUGUGA